CAAAUAUUUACUAAAUAUUUACUAUUUGGCCCUUUACAGAAAAAGUUUGCUGACCCCUACUCCUUAAAGAUUUGAGACUCUGUCUAUAUUUCACAUUUUAGAUUAUAUACAGUCUUGUACUAUGGUUUAAUUAAAACUUCUUUUUCUUUCCUAACAAGAUCACAUAAGGGAUCUAUUUUGUUCUUGUAUGCUCCACAGGGCUAGGACAUAGUGUCUUCAACAACUGUAAUAGCAGCCAUCAUUUGCUGAAUGACUAGUAUGUGCCACACAUUAUAUUGAGCAUAUUAGAGGCAUUUUCUCAAACACAAAGUCCUGCAGUGUUGGGUUCAGAGAUGGGCAGUGAGAAGGAGCAGAAUCCAGAGCAGCACCUGCCUGAGGAAGGGGAACGGGGUAAGCCUUGGAGAGUGGAUGACUCCGAGGGUUUCCGGAUCCCAGAUGGGGAGAAAGAACGUGGGCAAGAGAGCCUUUCGGAGGAGCCACAAGGGAUCCAACCAAAAAAGCCAUGGCAGAAAGUCACUGUCCCUGCUGGAGAGCCAGGGGACCCCAUUGCUCAUCCAAGGCCUGAGGCUGAUGAGAAGCCCUUUAUCUGUGCCCAGUGUGGCAAAACCUUCAAUAAUACCUCCAACCUGAGAACACACCAGCGGAUCCACACUGGCGAGAAACCUUACAAGUGUUCUGAAUGUGGCAAGAGCUUCUCGAGAAGCUCCAACCGCAUCCGGCACGAGCGGAUCCACCUGGAAGAGAAGCACUACAAAUGUCCCAAGUGUCAAGAGAGCUUUCGGCGGCGCUCGGAUCUCACCACACACCAGCAGGAUCACCUGGGCAAGCGGCCAUACCGCUGUGACAUCUGUGGCAAGAGCUUCAGCCAGAGCGCCACGCUGGCUGUGCAUCACCGGACCCACCUCGAGCCAGCACCCUACAUCUGCUGUGAGUGCGGGAAGAGCUUCAGCAACAGCUCCAGCUUUGGCGUGCACCAUCGCACCCACACAGGCGAGAGGCCUUACGAGUGUGCCGAAUGUGGGCGGACCUUCAGCGAUAUCUCCAACUUUGGAGCCCACCAGAGGACCCACAGAGGGGAGAAGCCCUACCGGUGCACUCUGUGUGGGAAACACUUCUCCCGGAGCUCAAACCUUAUCCGCCACCAGAAAACGCACAUGGGAGAGCAGGCGGGGAAAGAUUCCAGCUGAAGGAGAGACCCGGGGAGAGAGUGAGGAAGAGAAGUGGGAGACCCCAACCUAGUGUAGGAAGAUCUUUAGGAUCUGCUGCUGCCCCCUUGACCUCAAGCCCUUCAUCUGAUUUUGGAGAAUGGUUUCCUGUUGCCUCUGAAGCCAGGAUCUCCAGGAAGUCCUGAGAAGGGACUCAGAGUAAAAAUCUUUGCCUCUUUCCAGGCCAAUUUCUUGCCUUGGAAAGUCAGAGGAGCCAGUCUUGGCUUCAUCUGGGGGUGACAGAGAUAGAGGGUAGGCUUAGUACAUGCUCAUAUCAUUAGGGCAACCAUCCCCUGGCCUUUGAGGACGUACCUGUGAGGCGGGCAUCAUUAUCUGAAGGUCCUCCAAAUUGUAUGUGAACUGCUUAGGGCACAUUGCAGUGGCCUGUGGGUUCCCAUCUGCUGUGCCCUACCUGGGCUGGGAGGAGCAGCCUUCCCAAUGGAAGGGGCCUCCUUGGCCUGGAGAAGAUGUCUGAGGUCCUGCCUUAAGAAUGAAAAGGAAGCCCUCAGGGAGCCAUGAUCCAGGGACCUUCAUACUCCCCCAUGUUUGUGACUUGUUACCCCCACCCCAACCUGCAUCUGUUCCCCAAGUGAUCAGCAGUAAAACCUUCAAUGAAAAGGACCUGUGUCCUUAUUUGAGGGCAUCAAAGAAGUGGGGAGCUGGGGAGAUGGUCGCACUGCAGCUGCUCUGGAAGGGAGUUGAAUUCCAAGAAAGACAGAAUGGGUGGCUGCUCUGAAAAGCACAGGAAAGCAGGCUGAGUCUGGGGCCUUUGAGGAGGAAGGGGAAAGGAAAAGAGGUAACAUUAAUUGAGCAUCCACUAUAUGCCAUAGAUUCUUUGGGUCACGUUUACAUUCUUGAUCUCCUUUUGUUGGCACAGCAAUCCUCAAGGGAGUAACGUGAGGAAAUAAAAUUGAGGAAAGGUGAAGUCACUUGCUGUGAAGUCACACAGCAGGUAUGUGGUGGAGCCAGAGUUCAAACCUGGGCCUCCCUUGAUUCUGAGCUGAUGCCCCCUUCACUCCAUUUACCUUGUUGGCUUCUGAAGGAGUAGCUGCUUAGAGGUCUGGCCUGGGACCAAGUGAUUCCCUGGAACUGGGAGCUAGUAUGGGCUCUUGAUGUGGCCCUGGACCAUGUGCUCUGUGGGAAGCCAAGCAUGAGAGCCUUUUCAACUUUAGAUUAUUGAAUCACACUUACUGUGUGCCCAGGAAAAAUGAGUGUCAGGGAGUAGAGGGUGACGGGUGGGGUAAGAUGAACCCAU